CGGUUAGCCUGGAGCCAAAAAACAAUAGCAAUUGAUGAUUCGAAAAGCCACACAAAAUGUUAAAAGAGGCUGAAGCCACAUAUUAUUUUUGUGAGUUGUGCUUAUAUUGUUUUUUUUUUUUGUUUUGUUUCUUUCUUUCUUUUUCGGUCCUUUGGAGAGAUGGUGGAUGCACGGCAUGCCCAUCGCGCGGAUCUUGCCCGUUUCCGACGACAGAUCGGCGCAUGUCAGGAACCGAUUGGUAUGUAGACACAGGAUUCGACAGGCGCAACCAACAUAGUAUUAACAUUCACUGCAUGAAAUAAGACGAGGGAUGCCUAUUGUCCGAAUUUAUAGUAGCAUUUCAGUAUUGCCGCACGCAUCCAACUCGUGGCGAUCGCAGAUGUUGGUCCCCAUCUUUUCUGUAGGAUGGUUAAGAUGCACAG